UUACUCCCCAUCUAGUCUGCCUAUUGACAUCACAUUUGAAGAUCCCCAACUGAGGAGGAGGAAGAAGAAGCCCUCUAAAAAGUUCACAAACUGCAGGCUCCCAGUUAAGAAUGCCAGCUCAAGGAAAACCUGAGGAAAUUGUCCGAACACUACUGGCUUGUCUGGGAAAAGCUUGGGAUGCAUUACAACCCAUCCAUAAGAAAGAUGAGAAAAUAGUUUCGGGAUUCAAAGAAAUUGAGACUGAACUUGACAAGAUGAAAGAUUGGGAAGGGAAACUCAUAAAACGGUUCAGAAAUUUGGUGCAAGACAUCGAUAAUGAUGUUUGGUUUGAUAGAUUGAAGCAUGGCAACGCUGAUGACAUUCUUAAUGGAUUGAAGCUCAUCAGAAAGAGUGUUGCAUCUGUAAAACAGCUCUUUCCGGCAAAAGAAAGCCAGGUGACAGAAAUAACACAUUCGAUGCCUUUUACUGGGAAGGAUCAGACGUCUGAAGAUCAGGCUGUUGGGAAGGAUCAGACAAUGUCUGAAGAGUGGUCGAGGCUUGGCGUGGAGGAAAAAAUUUAUGUUAGCAAAGCAAUAUCAGAUUUUCGGAAAAGUUUUGACUGUCUGGAGAGCAAUCAAUUGAAAGUAUGCUCCUUGUGCCUUUCAAUUUUCCCAGAGAAUAGCAUCAUGAAGAAGAGACCCCUUAUUUACUGGUGGAUAGGAGAGGGUAUGGUCGCUGAAACCUCAGAAAAGACUGCAGAGGAGGUUGGAGAAGAUGUAUUUGGACAAUUGAUAAAUGAAAGCUUCAUAAUCCCCAUAGUUGAGAAUCAUUCUCCCAAUAUAAACAGUUUUAUCGUGCACCCUUGGAUUCGAAGAAUGCUGAUCUCGGUUGCAAAAGGACUUCACUUUUUUGAAUUUAAUCCCACAGGGAUGCCUAGCAAUGAUCAUCGUCAUGCAUUCUUAUUUGCGGGUCUUGAUGCUUCAGCCAGUGAGAUGCCUGAUGGUAUUCUUACGGUUUUCAAUGUGAAUUGUCAAUAUCUUAGAUUUGAACUUGACUGGCUCUCGAGGUUGAAUAGGGUUGAGGUUCUUCAGUUGGGCCGGUGGCAAAACUCUGUCGAACAUCAUAUUGAAGUGGAAUAUGAAGUCUCUUGAAUGGUUUGGGAAGUCAGACAUCCCUAAGAUAUCUAAGCCUCAGAGGCAUUUCUAGAUUGACUAACCUACCUCGUUCUGUGCUUAAACUAAUAAGCCUUGAGAUUCUGGAUUUACGUGCAUGUCACAGUCUAGAGAAACUGCCUUCUGAUAUAUCAGCACUGACAAAUCUUACUCACUU